UAGGAAGCUUUGCUUCCGUAGGGCUUGGGGAGAGGUUAUCCCCAUCCUCUUUCGUUACCGGCUCUCGGGAUUCCCUUAUCGAUCCCCGACAGGAGACUCCCGCCCCGAGGAACAAGCGAUCCAACCGACGGGCGUAAAGAAGGCGCGGAAGCUCCUGAUGCGCGCGUCGCCCCCCACCUUCCCCUCCCCCGCGCUAACGUCACUUCGGCCGGACGAGAAAGUUUCCUCGACGGACGAUGCGGCGAAGGCGUCGCAGGGCAGCCGCUGCGCCUCUGCUGGCGCUGCUGGUGCUGCUGCUGUGCCAAGCCGUGGCCAUGAACAUAACGUCUCUGCUUCCCUCGGAGGAUUGCGGGACAAGGCCUCUGAUGGGUGAGAUGACAGAAUGGAAUCGGAUUGUGGGUGGACGUGAUGCUGAGCCAGGGGCAUGGCCAUGGCAAGUUAGUCUUCAAGUUUACCGCUUUGGUACAGGAUAUCACCAUGUAUGUGGCGGAUCUGUGAUUAAUAACAACUCAGUGCUGACAGCAGCACACUGCAUUAAAAAAUGGACGGAUCCAGCAUUUUGGAGGGUUGUAUUUGGCUUGCACCAUCUUUAUAACCAUGAGUUUCCUACUGUAAAGCGCUAUGUCAGAGCUAUCGUGAUGCAUUCUGGUUUCAAGAGAAGCACAUACGAAAAUGAUGUUGCCUUGUUUAGACUAAAAAGGCCUAUCAGCUACAGCGAUUAUAUUCAGCCUAUCUGCUUACCUAACAGCACUACUCAGCUAGUGGCAGAUGAAAACCCAUGUUUCAUAAGUGGAUGGGGAAACACGGAGGAGAAGGGUAGAGGAAAUUUUAUAUUACAAGAAGCUCAAGUUGACAUUAUUCCACUAUAUAUCUGCAAUAGAUAUGACUGGUAUGCAGGCGUAGUAUCAUGGAAUAUGCUUUGUGCUGGUUCUGCAACUGGAGGUGUGGAUAGUUGCCAGGGGGACAGUGGAGGACCUCUGAUGUGUUACUUUCCAGAUUACACCAGGUUUUAUCUGAUAGGAAUCACCAGUUUUGGUGUUGGCUGUGGCCGACCCAAACUUCCUGGAAUCUAUAUACGUGCAAAAAAUUAUCGACCAUGGAUAGAUAAAGCAGUCACAAUAUUGAGCAGAACUUCUACUAUGAGCUUGCAACACAUUCUCAUGUUUUUGACCGUUGGAUUGGUAACCUUCCAUUUUGUACACUGCGGAACAAGGCCUCUUAUGGAUGAGAAAGUAACAGAGACUCGGAUUGUAGGUGGACACGAUGCCAUGGUUGGAUCUUGGCCAUGGCAAGUUAGCCUUCAGCAUUAUACCACUGGCCUAGGAUAUUUCCAUAUGUGUGGUGGAAGUUUAAUUACAAACAACACGGUGUUGACAGCAGCACACUGCGUUAAAAAAUAUAGGAAUGCAGCCUUUUGGAGGGCUGUCAUUGCCGUGCAUCAUCUUUAUGAACAAAACUCUUAUACUCGAAAGAGCCGGGUCAGUACAAUCACGGUCCAUUCUGAUUAUGAUUCAGAAAGCUAUGAUAAUGAUAUUGCCUUGUUUACGCUAAUAAGACACGUAAAAUAUAACAAUCAUAUUCAGCCCAUCUGCUUACCUGAAAAUGAUACUGACCCGUACCCAUGUUACAUAGCUGGCUGGGGAAACACAAAGGAGAAAGGUUCUGCCAAAUUAAUAUUGCAAGAAGCUCAGGUAGACGUUCUUCCGCUGAGAUUAUGCAAUAGAUAUGACUCGUAUGCAGGGAGAUUAACAAAAAACAUGCUUUGUGCUGGCUCUAUGACUGGACGUGUUGAUAGCUGCCAGGGAGACAGCGGUGGACCUUUGAUGUGUUAUUUUCGAAAUGUUACCAGGUAUUAUCUGAUAGGAAUUACCAGUUUUGGGUUUGGUUGUGGCCGACCAAGAUAUCCAGGAAUCUAUGUUCGUACAGUUAAUUACAGAAAUUGGAUAGAUGCACAUUUACUUGCUAAGACCACCAAUGUGAGCAUUCGAUGGGUUCCAAUCUGUUGUCUUGUUGCAUGGACAGUCUUUUAUAUUCUAUGA